UUGAGCUGGGAUUGUCUGUUUGUUUAGUGAGGACUUUCUUUUGGCAUUGCAGCUCUCGCUCGUUCCUCUAAUCUGUGUCGUAAUAACCUCAAGGCUCAACGGGGAGAAACGAAACUGAUGGAAAUGUUUUCAUUGCAUGGUAUCGUAUAAAUACUCCAGACAGGAGAGCAGGUCACAGAGGGACAGUGGGUGGAAGAGAGACGAGGAGAGCAGAGCAACAUGGACUUUCCUACCACAUUGAUAUUAGCUGGGCUAAUCGUAGCUCUACUGUGGGUUUUAACAGUGAAGAGCAGGAGGAAGUAUAAUUUACCUCCAGGACCUGUUGCCCUCCCUCUCGUAGGGAACCUGCCACAACUGGACAAAAUUGCACCUUUUAAAAGUUUCCUCAAGCUCAGUGAAACCUACGGUCCAGUGAUGACCUUGCACCUGGGCUGGCAGCGGACGGUGGUUCUGGUCGGGUAUGAGGCAGUGAAGGAGGCGCUGGUGGACCAGGCGGACGACUUCAUGGGCAGAGGGCCGCUGCCGUUUCUGUUGAAAGCCACCAGGGGCUACGGUCUGGGGAUCAGUAACGGGGAGCGAUGGCGUCAGCUGCGACGCUUCACCCUGUCGACCCUCAGAGACUUUGGGAUGGGACGUAAGGGCAUGGAGGAGUGGAUCCAGGAGGAGAGCCAGCACCUGAGGGGUCGCAUCGACUCCUUCAAAGCCGCUCCCUUCGACCCGACCUUGCUGUUGAGCUGCACCGUGUCCAAUGUGAUCUGCUGCAUGGUGUUUGGCCAACGCUUCAGUUAUGAAGACAAGCAGUUCCUGCAACUCCUCAACAUCAUGUCUGAGAUGUUAAAGUUUGAGAGUAGUCCUCUGUGUCAGAUGUACAACGUCUUCCCCUGGCUGAUGGAGCGUCUUCCCGGACGCCAGCACUACUUUUUUGCCCGAAUUGAGGAGUUGAGAGAUUUUAUCGCGACGAAGAUCCACGAGCAUAAAGACACACUGGACCCCAGCUCCCCACGAGACUUCAUCGACAGCUUCCUCAUCCGAAGUGAGCAGGAAAAGGACAAGCCCACAACUGAGUUCCACCACGACAACAUGGUGUCGACAGUGUUUAACCUGUUCCUGGCGGGAACAGAAACCACAAGCUCCACCAUCAGAUAUGCCAUCAGUGUGUUCAUCAAAUACCCAGACAUACAAGAAAAGAUGCAGCAGGAGAUUGACAGUGUUGUCGGAAAGGACCGGUGCCCCAAAAUGGAGGACAAGAAGUCCCUCCCCUUCACAUAUGCUGUCAUCCACGAGGUGCAGCGUUUUCUGGACAUCGUCCCCCUCAACCUCCCUCACUACACACUGACGGACAUUUCUUUCAGGGGUUACACAAUCCCCAAGGACACUACCAUUAUUCCCUUGUUGCAUUCUGUGCUCAGAGACGAUAAACAGUGGGCGUCUCCCUGGACCUUCAACCCUCAGCACUUCCUGGACCAGAAUGGAAACUAUAAGAAAAAUCCUGCGUCCAUGCCAUUUGGUGCAGGGAAGAGGGCGUGUGUUGGUGAGUCUCUGGCUCUCAUGGAGCUCUUCAUCUUCCUGGUGUCUCUGCUGCAGCGUUUCACCUUCUCCUGCACCGACGGCCCCGACAGCAUCGACAUGAUGCCUGAGUACGGCAGCUUCGCCAACUUGCCUCGCAGAUACAAGGUCAUCGCUACACCGCGGUGAACCGAGGAGCUCCAUUCUAAAUGUACAAACGACUCUCAUACUUGUAUACAGACUAUGUCAAUGUCAAUAUCAAUGUCAAUUUUAUUUAUGUAGCACAUUUAAAACAACUUGGUUGAUCAAACUGCUUUACAGGUGGAGUGGUACGACCAAAGGACAGUAAAACGUAAUACAUUAAACAUACAUUAAAGUUCAAGUAAUACAAAUAAAAUAGAUUUGUUUAUAAAAAUUAAAUUAUGUGAGACUUUACAUGUGUUAUAUAUACUGUGGACUAGACUCAGAGUGUAAGACUUUACCCAGGGUAUAAAUACAAUGUCAGACUAUAUUGCGACUAUACUGUUUGUAGACUCAGACUAUAACAUGUCAAACUAUACUUAAACUAUACAG